UUCUGGUUCCGGAGUCACAUUGGUUUUGGGCUGUGUGGAGUGGGCUUUGAACCGGAUUGGAGUUUUCCAUGGACAAGAACGUUGCAUUUCAUUGAUCAGUGUGUGAUUUGUGUCCAGAAGUGACUGUUUCGUUAACUGUGACCGGCCGAGUGCGUGGUAUUUCGCGAUCCCCCGAUCCGCAAGUUUGUGUGUUCUGUGCUUUCUCGUUGUCUAGUGUAGUGUGCCAGUGCCACCGCAAACCGCUCCAAAAUGGAUGCCAUCAAGAAGAAGAUGCAGGCGAUGAAGCUGGAGAAGGAUAACGCGUUGGAUCGCGCCCUUCUCUGCGAGCAGCAGGCCCGCGACGCCAACCUGCGCGCGGAAAAGGCCGAAGAAGAGGCCCGCCAGCUGCAGAAGAAGAUCCAGGCCAUUGAAAACGACCUGGAUCAGACCCAGGAGGCGUUGAUGGCCGUCAACACCAAGCUGGAAGACAAGGAAAAGGCUCUCCAGAACGCCGAAUCCGAAGUCGCUGCCCUGAACCGUCGUAUUCAGCUGUUGGAGGAAGAUCUGGAACGUUCGGAAGAACGUCUGGCUUCCGCCACCGCUAAACUGUCAGAGGCUUCGGCGGCUGCUGAUGAGAGCGAACGGAUCAGAAAAGCGCUCGAAAACCGUACAAAUAUGGAAGACGAUAGAAUAGCGAUACUGGAAGCUCAGCUAUCCCAGGCCAAACUAAUAGCAGAAGAAGCCGACAAAAAAUACGAAGAGGUGGCUCGGAAAUUGGUCCUCAUGGAACAGGAUCUGGAACGGUCCGAGGAGAAGGUCGAAAUGAACGAAAGCAAGAUUGUCGAGCUUGAGGAAGAACUGCGAGUUGUCGGCAACAACCUGAAGUCCCUGGAAGUCUCGGAAGAGAAGGCAACGCAACGGGAGGAAACCUACGGUGGACAAGUUCGGGUACUGGACCAGCGUUUGAAGGAGGCUGAAGCUCGUGCUGAAUUCGCUGAACGUUCCGUUCAGAAGUUGCAGAAGGAAGUCGACAGACUCGAAGACGAACUUAUGAACGAGCGCUCCAAGAACAAAAUGCUCCAGGAAGAGAUGGAAGCGACGCUGCACGAUAUUCAGAACAUGUAAAACAGUAGAGAGAAAAGUAACAACCAUCCCCACCCGAAUCAUCGCCUCAUCGUCACCGUCAGUUUCAGUUUCGUCGAAGAAAGAGAGAGAGCACGACGACGACGACGAAACACACGCAGAGCAAGGGAGAACACAAAAAAGCAUAUAUUUAAAGAGAGCGGAGAGAAAGAGCCAUCGGUUGCUCUCGGUUAUCGUCAUGGCAACACAACUACAACAACAUUUUACACCUAUAGAUGAGAGAAACUAGUAGGGAGCGAACAAAAACAAAACAAAAAAAACAAGUAAACGCUGAGCUGAGCUGUUGUUUUCUUCUUCCGAAGAAAAUUUAAAACAAAAGAAAAAUCAAUGUAUUUCGCUUCUUGCAAAAGGAAGCCGACGUUAAGCGUUGGAAAUUAGAGAAAACAAAACAAUAAUAACAGAUGGACCCAACUAGUCCUCGGGUGCCGUUCGAGACACACACACAAACACGGACAGAAUAAGUUUCUAAAGUUUAGUUUUUUUUAUAUUUUCAUAAAUAAGUAACAGGAACUUGUCUUUUGCUCCACGCUGUAUAGGACACAUGAAAUCGCAUAAAUUGUUUUUAAAAAAGUUUAUUGUUUUUAGACGUUAGGCGUAAAGGCUAAGAACACUUUUACACACACAAACAAACAAUGACACGAAUUCAUACACGGGAAGUAAACACAAACACAGACAACAACAACAACUACUCGCUAGCGAUAGCAUAGGAACUAUUGAUUUAUACCCCUAGGUAUUAGCGCGUAAAUCGGUCGAACACAGAGAAAGACAUUUAUACAACUACUACUAUUACUGCUAUUCCAAUUGUACAUUCACGAAUUGUGCAUUCCGUUGACUUUUAAUAAUAUAAUUAAAGUUAAAUUUUCCGCGUUAUUUUUUCUCGUUUUGUUAAGCAACACCCUUGAGAGACAGCAUUUUCCAAAACUACUAGUAGGUUUAUAAUACGAUUGUUACUGCCCCAAAUAUUGCGAUAAAGAUUAUUGAAUUUUUAUCCGUGUUUAUUCCGUUAGCUCGUAAAAAAACAAUAACAAAAGCAAACAUCAUACAAACACGAUUUGUUAUCGAUCGAUCAUUCCCGAGAACUACUAUUUUUAAAAGCGUCUUCCGACCAAGAGUAACUACUGAAUAUGAUAUGAUGCAUUUACUCGUAACAAGUUGAUUCCAGUUUAGAAACUUGGUAGGUGUCCAGCUACCCAAAACGUCAGUUUUAGUAGGUUUUUCAUCGUGCCGAAUUUAUUCUUUUUUCUGGCAACACUGCGAAAGCGCCACCCCCGUGUUGCUGUCUAAUUUUGUUUUGUUUUCUUCAACAUUUCUUUGCAAUAUUUUUCUUUCAACUUCCACAAACACAGAAAAUAUUGUCAAUACUGUCCCAUAACUUAUCGAGAUCAAAUGGUUUUCCUCAAGUUUUGUUUUAAAGUAGUUUAAGCCUCGAAAUAAAACGGACAUAGACUUGGAAGGUUUUCCUUUUUCGUGUAAGGUUUCGUUUUUCUUUUCCCUUUUUUCGUGUUUACCCGGAAGGGGAAGGAAAAACGGAUCGAAUUAGAGCAUAAAAUCUGUAGUGCCUUUUGAGACGUAAACAAAAAAAAAAAGAAACAAAACCGGUUCGCAUUUUUUUCUUUGCUGGAAAACACACAAAUCAAGCAUUUGAUAAGAUCAUUAUUAGGUGGCAUAGCCAUUCGCAGAAAGAGAUAAUUUACAUAUAUCAUCGGUGUGUGAGUGUCAUUCGAAAAAAGAAAAAGGGUAAACACUACACCUAGAGCCGGAAGGAAUAAAAGAGAAAAAAACACAUUCACAUACACACAGAUACACACACGUUUAACUUAAUUUAAGCGCCCGUAGAGUUUAAUGGAACCGUGUACAUUUGAUUUCCACAAAAUGCAAAAGUAAAGACAACAACUACUACACGCAUUCGCAGAUUCAUUCCUCACUGUUUUCGCAGGUUUUUAAUGUUUUAUUAGGUAGCUUUUGGCAUGAUUUUCGGACAACAACUAUUGUUGAGUGAGAGAGCGAGAGAAUUUAGGCUAGAGCAGAUAAACUAUAAUCAAAUAAAAGUGAAACAAAACAAAAAUCAAUAAUGUAAACACACAAACAAUGUACACAUCAAAACUCCACCUUCAUUCACUGUAUUUUAUAUUUCGAAAAAAAAAAAUCAUAAUAGUAUCGGACUCUGCCAAUAUACAGAAAUCAAGAGCAACAACAGAAUGAUAUCUUAUUUGAGUGUUUAUAAUAAUAAUAUUAAUAAUAAUAUAUUAUUUUAUUUAAAAACCGA